GGUUUGUGGGGUUUAAACUUUUAACAGAUGCUAAGUAACACGCCACUCAUGGCUUUCAACGCUAAGCAAAAGGAUGAAGAAGAAGAAGAAAAACCGUACAGAGUAGAAGAAGAAGAAGACGAUGACAAAGAAGAAGACUGGGACGAUUGGGAAGGAGACGAGGGUGAUCUACAAUCAGAGUUCCUCUGUCUCUUCUGUGAUUCCAACUACGGUUCGUGUGGUUCCUUGUUCGAACAUUGCGCUUCCGUUCACCACUUCGAUUUUCAUGCGUUUAGGAAAGCUCUUAAUUUGGAUUUCUAUUCGUCCUUCAAGCUCAUCAACUACAUAAGAUCUCAGGUGGCAGAGAGUAGAUGUUGGAGCUGUGGAUUAACAUGUCAGUCCAACAAUGACUUGCAGAAUCAUUUGCAUGAUGUAAUUGACUUCAAUGAUGUUAAGACUCUGUGGGAUGAUGAUAGAUAUCUUAAACCUUUCAUUCUGGAUGAUUCACUGUUGUACAGUUUUGGAGAAUACGAAGAAGAUGAAGAUGAGCAAAUUGCACUGAUUGAUGAAGAUGAGCAAAUUGCACUGAUUGAUGAAGAUCUUAUAAGGGAUUUGAAGGACACCGAAGAGACUUUCUUUGUUGAUCAAAAUGCUGUGAAAGAAGUGCUAGUUAAUGAUGGCAUUUAUGAUGGAUGUAGAAGAAAGGAAACUGCUUCUGUUUCGGAUGAUCAUAUGAAAUGGGCUAGUUCUUCAGACAAGGAGCUUAUUAGUGGAAAAGACUCAAGAGGAUGUGUUUCAUCAAUUAAGGAUCCAGAAGAAGGACGUUUGAUGGCUAAUUCUCAAAAUCACAUUGCAAAGCAUAUUAAGGUGGUUAAUGAAAAUUAUUUUGGGUCUUACAGUUCAUUUGGCAUCCAUCGAGAGAUGUUAAGUGAUAAGGUGAGAAUGGAUGCUUAUGGUCAAGCAAUUUUGAAGAAUCCCUCUUUACUAAAUGGUGCUGUGGUUAUGGAUGUAGGUUGUGGAACUGGCAUCCUCAGCCUAUUUGCAGCACAAGCAGGGGCUUUGAGGGUUAUUGCAGUUGAGGCGAGUGCUAAGAUGGCAGCUGUGGCUUCUCAGGUUGCAAAUGAUAACGGUUUCUUGCUGAGUAAAAGCCAAAGUGGAGUCAAUGGCCUCCAAAAGGAAGUCAUAGAAGUGGUUCAUGGCAUGGUUGAAGAUAUUGAUAAAUUUGUUGAACUUCAACCUCAAAGUGUUGAUGUAUUAUUAAGUGAAUGGAUGGGAUAUUGCCUGCUGUAUGAAUCCAUGCUUGGUUCAGUGCUUUAUGCACGCGACCGGUGGUUGAAGCCUGGAGGUGCCAUUCUUCCUGACACAGCAACUAUUUUUGUUGCAGGAUUUGGAAAAGGAGGUACAAGUCUUCCAUUUUGGGAAAACGUGUGUGAUUUUGACAUGUCUUGCGUUGGGAAGGAGCUUGUCACAGAUGCUGCCCAAUUUCCUAUAGUUGAUGUUGUGGACUACCAAGAUUUAGUUACCAGUUCUGCUGUUCUUCAGACCUUUGACUUAGCAACCAUGAAGACUAAUGAGGUGGAUUUCACUGCAACAGCUACUUUGGAACCAAAAUAUAGUGCUUCAGAAAACGAAGAAACAGAUUUAAAUUCUAAAACAUGUUGCUGGUGUUAUGGAGUUGUCCUGUGGUUUGAAACUGGAUUCACAAGCAGAUUCUGCCAGGAAUCACCAACUGUGUUAUCCACAUCUCCGUACACGCCAAAAACUCAUUGGUCACAAACAAUCUUAACCUUUAGGGAACCCAUUGCCAUGGGAUUUGGAAUAGAAAACAGAGGUAAACCGGAUGCAAUUGGCACUGAUGACUAUCCAGCUGUGAAGAUUGAUUUGCGUGUCAGCAUUGUCCGUUCUACAGAACAUCGCAGCAUUGACAUUUCCAUAGAAGCUGUUGGUGUUGGUCUUGAUGGUCAGAGACGCAGUUGGCCUGCACAACUUUUUUCUCUGCAGUAGGAUGCAUUGCAUUGCAAAGAAGCACAUAGUUCAUGGAACUGACAGUUUUUGUUGUUGGUAGCCAGUUAGAACCAGUUUUGGAAUGUUCGAAUUGUAUUGUAAUUCCUAUCAUUUAGGUUUUUAUUUUUGUUGAUUGGGAAUAGCCACUUGUGCUUGUUCUUUGAACGCCUUGUCCUGUUACACUAAAUGUGUAAAAUUUUAAAUUGAGGUAAAGUAUUAGAUUGGUUACUAU